CACUGCGCGUGCGCUGCUCGCACGCGGUUCCGGGUUCGCAGAUCUGAGGCUCUGUUGCUCGGCUGUUUUAGGAAGCUGCUUUUGUCUCCCUCCGGUUCCAAGAUCGCAGUCCUUGUCGCAUAGGGGUGACCAGGGGGUACGGAGGCUGGCCGCUGGGUCAAGUUGGGAGUGGCAGCACUAGACUUCGAUCUCGCGCUCUGCGAGGCAUCGUACGACCGAGAUGACCCAGUCUUUGGUUUGUCCCGAGACCGUGAGCAGGGUCAGUUCUGUGCUUAAUCGCAACAGCCGGCAGUUUGGAAAGAAACAUCUUUUUGACCAGGAUGAAGAGACAUGCUGGAACUCUGACCAGGGCCCCUCCCAGUGGGUGUCACUCGAGUUUCCCCAGCGUGUUCAGAUCACACAGCUGCAGGUGCAGUUCCAGGGUGGCUUCUCCAGUCGCCACAGCCGCCUGGAAGGCUCACGGGGUGGGGAGGCCCUCAGCAAGAUUGUAGAUUUCUACCCUGAAGACACCAAUGCCCUUCAGAGCUUCUCCAUCCCCACUGUGGAGGUGGACCGGCUGAAGCUGACUUUUGAGGACACCACCGACUUUUUUGGCCGUGUAGUCAUCUACCACCUGCGGGUGCUGGGUGAGAAGAUAGGAUGACAAGUGUUGGCGGUUACUGCCCCCCAGGAGGCACCCAGAAGCUUUUCAAGGUCUGCACAGAUUUAUUGGUUGCCGCUGUGGAGAGCCCUUCCCGCCACGGUCCAGGAGCUGCCUUCCGAGCCAGUUGUGGGGCUGACUGGGUUGUCCCUGAGUGCCUGGGGUCUCAACAGGCUGUGUUCACUCGGGGUCCACAGGCCCCAGGGUACUCUGGAACAGUCUAAGGAUGUGGUUCUCCAUCACCUGUUGCACUGUGGGAGGAGGGAGGAGGUGUGAGCCAGGGAGAGGGACUGAUGACACAGGCAGGGACAGCAGGAACAGCAGGAAACGCUGCUUCACCAAGUGCUUUUCUGCCCUUGCGGGGCUGGGCUCUUGAGAAGAGGCUGCUUUAAGGCAAGGCUUGCCUGUCUCCUCCCCUCGCUGCAUCCCGCCCACCCUCCAAAUCUUAGCCUUCCUGCCUCCAGAGCCACUGAGUCCAAAUAAAACAUUAAAAGAUAAAA